GCUCCUUAAGGGUCUACCGGCCCUGUACGAGCUAGUCCUACUGCAACUAUCACCAAGAAUGUCUCCAGACAACAACACACCGCAAAAUUUCCCCACCAGCCUGCAGAUGCAAAUCAGCAAGGCCCCGUUCGAGCCGCAUCCCGAGCUGCUUAUGGCCGCCAGGCACGGCGAGUGGCGGCAGCUAGAGCGUCUCCUUGGCCACAUCAAGCAGGGAUCAGCUCUCGCCGGUGACAUCGAGAUGUCAUCUGCGGUAGCCCCAGCCCAAGUGGUCACCGUCGCGCGGGACUCGCUCCUCCACGUGGUUGCCUCGAGGGGAGACGGUGAUGAGUUCCUCAAGAGCGCCUCUGUGAUCUACGGCAAGGCCAGGCACUUGCUCGACGCCCGGAACAAGAAGGGCGACACGCCCCUGCACUGCGCCGCCCGGGCUGGGUGGGCAGGGAUGGUCACCCAUCUCGUAUCUCUUGCAAGAGGAGCCGAGUAUGGCGGCAGCGAUGACAAGGUGAAGGCGUUGCUCAGAAUGCAGAACGGGCGAGGAGAGACGGUGCUGCACGAGGCGGUUCGGUUAGGCCACAGGGGCAUGAUCCGCCGGCUCAUGGCAGUGGAACCACAGCUGGCCCGUGUGCCACCGGCCGAUGGCGCGUCGCCGCUCUACUUGGCCGUCCAGAUGGGUCGCGACGACGUCGCCCGGCAGCUCCAUGAGAACGACCAGGAGCUGUCCUACUCUGGACCUGACGGCCAGAAUGCCUUACAUGCGGCUGUUCUCAAGGGCACAGAAACAACAAAAAUGUUGCUGGAAUGGAACAAGGACCUCAUCAAAGAAGCAGACCGAUCCAGUGGAAGCACGCCUCUUCACUUCGCCGCGUCAUUUGGGAAACACGAAGUGAUGAGCUUUCUGCUGGAUGCUGACCCAUCCGCGGCGUAUCAGCCAGACAGCAACGGAUCGUUUCCCAUACAUUUGGCCGCAUUCGCUGGCAGAGUGAAGGCGGUCUCCGUAUUGCUCGACGGUCGCCGUGACUGCGCCGAGCUGUGCGAUGCCAAGGGCAGGACCUUCCUCCAUGUCGCCGUCCUAGAGGAGAGCCUGUCUGUGAUCGCGUACGCUUGCAAGUUGCGGAGCCAGCAAUUUGAAGCAUCUGUCAUGAACAUGCAGGACGACGACGGCAACACCGCACUGCACUUAGCUGUUGAACUCGGGAACGUAUGGAUGUUCAAUGCUCUGAUGAAAAAUCGAUUGGUUGAGCUGAAUAUAAGAAACUACAAGGGGCAAACGCCCCUUGAUCGUUCCUGGAGCAGCGUUCCCGCAGGCGUUCAUUACGGAUGGAACGCAAGAAUCAUAAUACAUAACUUGCUACAAGAUGCCGGCGCUCAGAAUGGUACUUUCAGAUGUGACCUCUUCUACAAUGAACACGUUCCUAGGCUAGACCAAACUGAAGAGCUGCAGAAGAUCAACACGUCCACGCAGACCAUUGGCGUUGGCUCGGUACUGAUCGCGACGGUUGCGUUUACUGCAGCCUUUACGCUUCCCGGCGGCUAUCGGGCCGACGACAAUGAGAACGGUGGCUCACCGAUGCUCGCUGGGCAUUCCGCCUUCCACGUGUUCAUCAUCGCCACCACGCUGGCGUUCAUACUGUCGAGCCUAUCCAUCACCAUGCUCGUAUACGCGGGGAUUUACAACAUUGACAUACGCAGCCGCAUGAUCUGCGUCGUCAUCGCGGCGGCACUCAUGGGUGGCUCGGCUCGGAGCCUCAGCGCUGCAUUCGCGUACGGGCUGUACGUGGUGCUGGUCCCCGUUGCACGCAAGACGGCCGUGGCGUCUUUUGCGAUCACGGCUCUCGCUUUUCUGGAUGCCGUCUGGUUCACCUCCGUUGUUUUCAGCGGUGAGCGGAUGCUGCUGAAAAGGCUCGGGGUUCGGGUAUGGUGGAGGCUGCCAUUGGCGAUCCUAAGAAUGUUGCUGGGUCAGUUCUGGCCGUUCAUUGUGAUCGCCGGCGUGGUCAAGUGUCUCAAGAUCAAGAGUGUUCAUUGACUUUGAAAAUGACAUUCAGUAGGUGCGUAAGCUGGUUGUAUCGGCGCUCAUGAUCAGGUACUUUCUUGGACAGAUUUGGUUUUGUAAAUUGGGAAGCGUUUCUACCGACCCAAGUAGGCCAUUGGUUGCGUGUUUAUAUAUGGAGAGAAUUCUUUAUUUAGCCCUUUCUUAAAUUUUGCUUCCCGUUAUGGCCCCAAAAACUUUUUCCUUCCUUUCUUGACACUUAAACUUCAUUUUGUUCCCUAUGUGACACUUUCAUCCAUUUUUCCAUCCAGCUAUGUAAAAUGUUAUGUAGAAAGACAAAUUUACCCCUGGUGGUAGUAUGUCAGCAAAAAAAAAAG